GCGCAGAAAGAUCGUUCUUUCGAGGCGCAGAGAGAUCGUGGAAUGAUUUUGCUUGGAGGGUUCUCGGGGAGCUGAAAACAAAAAGCUCACACUUUCAGCCUCAUUUUUCAAAAGUGGAGGGAACAAAACUCCUUCUCUUCUUGUGUUUUUGUGCGGACUCUUUCAUCACCAUGAGCAGCAGCAAUCCACAGCCCAAGAAGCGCCUUGUGAAGAUGGAAUUUGAUAAUUGCCAUGAUAGCAAGAAGCUUCGCCUUGAUGAUACCGGUACUCCCACCGUUCGGCGUGUGUCGACGUCGGAUGCUUUCUCGAUGAUCCCUCGCAGCGUGGCGCUCUCUUCCUCCAAGGCCCGUCAUCAGAACGUGGAGCCGCCGGCCAUGGUGCCGUCCAAUCCGUCGACUAGUUUGCAGUUCAAAGACACAACCUUGGCGGAUCUAAAUAAAGUAGCCUUGCAGGAACACCAGUUGGGUGAUGAUAAGAACCCUCCCACCUUUGUGGAACAAGCAUCCAAUGCGGAUCCUCCUGUUAUCAUGUCGCCAUCCAGUCGCCAUCACCAAACAAGCAGCCGUGCAGCACUCUUAUGUCAACAGUUGAGCAACAAGCGAGAGGAACUGUUGGCUGAUGAAGGUGAUUACUGGGCUGCGCGAGACCGCCAAGUCACUGUGGACCAAACUGUGUCGUCCUUGACCUUCAAGCGCCAAGAACUCAAACGGGAGUUGGGCAUCAUUCGUGACGAGCUCAACAUGAGCAAGGAAGAACAGCAGAAGGCUGCUUCCACCACUGAAGCAUGCUUGGCCAAGCAGAAUCAAACCCAACAAGAGUUCGAUGAAUUGCUUGCCCAGCUCUAUGGAACCGUUGGUGCGGACAUCAGCGAGAGCAACGGCAACACCAACAUCAUCCACCGUGAUAAUAGAAGCAGCUUUGUGGAGAUGAAUCCAGGCUCCAUUCCUCGCAAGGCGAGUCACAAGCGCCCCAACCCGGUUGCCAGCAGUUCUCCAAUCAGUGAUGAGUGCUCCGACGAUGAUUCGGCGGCCCCCUCUGGUUUUGCGUACCCCGCACGUAGCAGUGGUGGUGCUAAUGAUGAAACUGUCGCUAAGAAGCAGAAGAAGAACAAGAAGAGGAAGAUCAUCAUGACACAAGAACGUGCAUUCUAUUUGGUGAACGCAGCCGCCAACGACGAAGUCAAGGCCAAGGCUGUGCUCAGUGAGUGGGUCUCCAAAGCACCUCUCGCGGAGUUUCGGGAAGUGUUCAAGUUGACCAGUCAAAUCUAUGCCCAAAGUGUUACCUACUGCACGCUCCAAAAGAUUCUUCGGGUCUUUUACUAUGGAAACUUUCACCAACGUGAAGAGUUUCGGCUCCGCAUCAGCAGUGAUCAAAACUUGAAGAACUGGCUGCUGAACAGCAAGGGCCGCGUGCCAAUCACCACGUUUCGAGACGAUAUGUACAAGCGUCUCAUUGCCAUGUUGGAGAUCCCCUAGUUAUGGAAGCGAGCGAGAGAAGCAGUGGACCCGUUGCUGUGGCAGUGAGUCAGUUGAGGUGUGGCUGUGUGGUCUGCAUUUUUCAUGUUGCAUGAUGAACAAACAACCGAAACAGCGUCGUAGUACGAAUUCUCAAGUUAAAGUUUCAAAUUGUCAAUUCAUACGAUCUAGUCUAAUACCGUAGCUACUAGUGGCCUUAUUAACAAUC